GAGGAUUUUUAAUAAGGUGGAUGCAAGAGUUGGUCUUGCUCUCUUCUGGGUGACGCGGAUUGGAAGGGGUUCUCCACACACUUUUAUCAAACUAUUUAGUUUUUUUUCGACUUCCCCCCUUCUUUUACUUUCUGAAACUGUAAACACAUCCACAUUUUCUUAGAGAGGAGCCAUGAAGUGGACCUGGGUGCUUGUGGCAGUUUUGCUGUCCUUUGGAGGGCUAACACUGGGCAAGGAUAGCUUGGACUUCCCAGAGUAUGAUGGCAAGGACCGCGUCCACGACCUCCACAUCAAGAACUAUAAGUCUGUGAUGAAGAAGUACGAUGUUAUGGUGGUUUACUACCAUGACCAUCCCGGAUCCAGCCGCGUCGCCCAGAGACAGUUUGAGAUUGAGGAGUUGGCCCUUGAGCUUGUAGCCCAGGUCCUGGAUGAGUUUGAUGAUGAAGAUAUCGGAGUUGGCCUCAUUGAUGCAAAGGAAGACAAAGCUGUUGCAAAGAAAUUAGGCCUUGAAGAGUCCGACAGUGUCUUCAUCUUCACAGAUGAUGAAGUCAUAGAAUAUGAUGGCGAGUUUGCAGCAGACACUAUUGUGGAGUUCAUCUAUGAUGUUCUUGAAGACCCAGUGGAAAUUAUUGACAAUAUUAGGGAACUGAAAGGCUUUGAAAACAUCGAAGAGGACAUCAAACUGGUGGGCUACUUUAAGAGUCACAAGUCAGAACAUUUUGAGGCUUUUGUCGAUGCUGCUGAAGAGUUCCAUCCUCACAUGGCGUUCUUUGCCACCUUCAAUCCCAAGGUUGCAAAGAUUCUGGACCUGAAGCUCAAUGAGGUUGACUUCUAUGAACCCUUUAUGGAUGAUCCAGUGGUCAUCCCAGGAAAACCUUACUCUGAGGAAGAGCUCGUGAAAUUCAUUGAAGAUAAUGACAGACCAACCCUGAGGAAGCUGCAGCCACACAACAUGUAUGAGAUCUGGGAUGACGAUGUUGAUGGUGAACAUAUCAUUGCUUUUGCAGAGGAGUCUGACCCAGACGGUUUUGAGUUCCUUGAGAUCCUGAAGGAAGUUGCCGAGGAUAACACAGAUAACCCUGACCUCAGCAUUGUCUGGAUUGACCCUGAUGACUUCCCCCUGCUUCUGCCACACUGGGAAAAGACUUUUGGAAUUGACCUGUCCUCCCCACAGAUUGGUGUUGUCGAUGCUGAUGAUGGUGACAGUGUGUGGAUGGACAUGGAUGAUAAUGGUGAGGACUUGCCAUCUGUAGACGAGCUGGAGGACUGGAUUGAGGAUGCUCUGUCAGGUGAAAUCGAUCCAGAUGAUGAUGAUGAUGAUGAUGACGACGAUGAUGAUGACGAUGAUGACGACGACGAUGAUGACGAUGAUGAUGAUGACGACGACGACGAUGACGACGACGAUGAUGAUGAUGACGACGACGAUGACGAUGAUGAUGACGACGAUGACGAUGACGACGAUGAUGAUGAUGAUGAUGAUGAUGAUGAUGACGACGAUGAUGAUGACGAUGAUGAUGAUGACGAUGAUGAUUAUUAAAUCAUUAAGUCAUAAUUUACUAUUUAAGUCUGACCAAUGCAGUUUCAAGAGUCACCAUCAUUAACUCUGUCAAAUCAUCUUCUUUUGUAACUAGUUCUUGUUAACUCAUCAGUCCAUUUUGAUAUCUCAUCUUUUCAUCAUCCUCUCUCUGCAUCCCACCAGAGCAAUAUUCCACUACUCGUUUAUCCCUCUCCCCUACAUAUUCACUAAUCCUCCAUGUAACAAAGUACUUUCUAAGAUGAGAUCCCACAGUGGCUUUAUUCACACAUGUAACACUGUCUGGUACAAUAAAAAAAGAAAUUCUUUCAAAA